AUGUUGCUAUGGUCAGCUUUAGGAAACUGGUUGCUGACUCUGAGAUCGAUGACAGUCAACCGAGUGAGGAAGACAAUGACCAUUGGGAAAGCAUUAACUGAAACGAUGCACAGAUGGGUUGCGGUAGUGCUAGUUGUUGUUUCUGUUGCAUCCGCCAGCUGUGGGACUAUCAUGUCCAGCGUUAUACCCUUGGAUAUGGCACCAAGGUACUCCGGCUUUAUUUCAGGACUUUAUUCGUCCUUGACAUGUUUAGCGUCGCUGACGUCCCCUAUGUUUGUUACAGCAAUUACUGCCAAGGGCCUGUACACAGAAUGGCGUUCGGUAUGGAUUACAAUGGCUGCAGUGAAAUUAACAUCUGGAUUAAUUUUUCUAAUUUUUGGCAACGCCUCACUGCAGCCAUGGGCUGUAUCGGAACCGAACACCUCAACCAGUAAAAUUCUUGUUGUACCACCGCCAGACAGGACACAGAAGGAUGUUUCUGAAGCCCUCAGCUUUCAUCCACUUGAAACAUAA